GUUCUGUCAGCUUGUCAAGAUGGAGCAGCACUGUGGUGAUCUUCUGGAGGAGGACCUGUCUGGUAAUAAUAAAUACCACUCUGAAUUGAUUUCCAGCCUUUCUUCAAGGUCUUUUGUUUUUGCAGACACCUGUUUUUCUUUACCUGCCGGGGGUAUGGAGAUUGAGGGUGUAGAUUUUGAGGGAAAGUUAACUGAAGGAACUGACUCGAUGGGAACAAAAGCCAUCAGAGAUGUAAACGACAACAGAGAUGAUAAAGCACUGAUGUCCACGGCUGCUAGCGACAGUGAAGGUGUAGAUUUUGAGGGAAAGUUAACUGAAGGAACUGACUCGAUGCAAACAAAAGCCACCAGAGAUGUAAAUGACAACAGAGAUGAUAAAGCACUGAUGUCCACGGCUGCUAGCGACAGUGAAGGUGUAGAUUUUGAGGGAAAGUUAACUGAAGGAACUGACUCGAUGCAAACAAAAGCCAUCAGAGAUGUAAAUGACAACAGAGAUGAUAAAGCACUGAUGUCCACGGCUGCUAGCGACAGUGAAGGUGUUGAGGUCGGCAGUGGCAGCUCAGAUGGCGAGAGGAAACCAGAGGAUGAAGACAAAGGAGCGGGGCAGCUCUUUGUGUCAGGUGACUUCAGAGAGAGUGACAAACAGGAAGUACCAGUCGAAGGUAGAAUCAAUUGGGAAGAUUUAGUGUCAGCGCGGGAUUUUGAGACUUUUGAUGAGCUGUUCAACAACAUUGCUCAAGGAAUCGAAAGACAGAUGACAGUGUGCCAAGAGGAAAGCACACAGAUCGAUGACAGUGAUGCGUCCGAAGCGUCCUCCACCGAUGAAGAGUCAGAGGAAGGAGACUUCAGCUCAGACGUAAAGGUUCAGUGGAAAACUGAGGGAGCAGCAGUUGAAGAUGACUUCUGUGGUUAUUAUAAGGAAGUUAGGACAGAGACACACGUCUCAGUGGACGACCCCGCAGUCCUAUCACAUCCUGCUACAGAUUCUGACUUAGAGAGAGUGGCUUUUGAUGAGAACAGAAGUGGUUUAGGUGUUAAAGCAGAGCGUGUUGAGGAAGGAGCAGCCGGGCUCUUGGUGUCACCUGACUGGUCGGAUUUUAAAGAGGGUGAGGGACGACCUUCGACCCGUGAGACUGGAGGAAACCCUCAAGUUAGAAACAAUGAGCAGAGAGCGAGUGACUCUGCGUCCUAUUUCAAGAGCGUCCUGGGAUGCGACGGUGAUGAGACAGAGGUGGAUGAGGAGAAAAAGCAGGAAUCUGCCACAAAAGCUGCCGACGAUCGCCAUGAAGGCGAUGGUUUAGCAGAAGGAUGGGAGGGUCUAAUGGCUGAUGGAGAUCCGAAUGAACUGAAGGAUUUCUCCGGUGAGGAUUUCCAGGAGGCUGGAGAGAUGUAUGCAGAGCUUUCCUUCGACUUCUCGCCACGUGUGGGGGCUGAAGAGGGAUGCGCAGAUGCGUGUGAUGUGUAUUUAGAGAUGAACACAGAUAAGUAUAUGCUUUCUGCUGAAGACAAGGUCGAGGUGACCGAGGGUCACUCGAGCAGCUCUAGUGACUAUGACAUCCAUGUGGGCUCAGAUAAGGUCUCAGGUUAUGAUAAACUAAAUGGGGAAGAUGUAGAGUCUCCUAGACUCACUUCCAGCCAUGGCGACCUCACAUCAGCACCGUCGCACAACAUUGUCCACGUCUCAUACAAACACUUGCUUCAGUCGGAAGAGCCACUGGCUCCCUCAGACUCCUUCAGGACCCAGUACACUGCAGCAGACAUGAUGGAUCAUCUGUCCUGCUGGACCAGCAGCUCCACUAACCAGGGUUCCCUGGACGACAGUUUUUUCUUUAACACCGGAUCAGAAAAGUCUGGUAAAGCAGAACUGGAGAAAGUGGAUGACAAUGAAGAAGAGAGGAACUGGGAACAGGAACAAGAAAGAAUCAAAGCCUUUUACAAGUUCUAUGACGACAGCGAUGAGGACAGUGAACGACCUGGGAGGAUGAUCAAGGUCCAGUUCUCUCCAGAGCCUCUGUCUCAAGUCAUUCACUAUGAAACUGACAGCAGUGACGGCGAGUCUCUCAGAGGCUUUUCAGAAGAUAACGACGUGAGUUCUGCAAAAACUUCUGACGUGGACACGGAUGAAACUGUCCCGGAGGCCUCAGCUCUCAUGGACACAAAGGUGCAAGAGCAGAACCCCCAUCAGAAAACGAAGUUUGGCGGAAAACACAAGUGUCCCAACAUACUGAGGCUGUUGCUGAGGGCCAGUGUGGUGGUUUCUGUGGGACUUCUUGCUUUGUGGUUUGCUAUAAAGCACCUAGGAAUGCUCCAACCAUUUAGCCUAUUUUAGAAGCUGAAUAUUUUGUUGUAAAUUAUGUAGAUUUAAAAUAGUUUAACAGUUUAAAUGCAUGCUUGUUUUUUGUUAGUCAUCUUGUUUUCCAUUUUUACAAUGUGUUAAUGAUUUCUGAGACAGACAAAUGUUUUACUUUUUGCCCAAGAUUAAAAAGCAAAAUUUAGUUUUGUGUGUGAUUUUUUUCCCUUGGUUUAAUAAUUAACUUAAUGUUUUCCUGAGUUUUAAAGUGCCUUUCCAAGUUUGUA